AUGCUCGAAUGUAAAAUGACUUCAGACAAGUUGAAAUUGAAAAAGAUUAAACAAUGGGAACAGUGGUUUGCUGGUGAGAUUGGCCAUCUUCACAAGGUACAAUCCGUUGAAUCACAAAAUGAAUUGAAGGAAAAGGUUUUGAAUAGAGCAAGCUAUUCAUUUAAGAAUAGUAAUCAGCAAAUGAAUGGAAGAUGGGAAAUUUCUGCAUACUGCCACUUGAUGGAAGAUUUACAUUUACAUCAUGCAUUUGAAUGUGAUUAUGAUAGUUGCAGUUUUACUAUUGGUUUGUUUGGAGAUCUUGAUCAAGUCAACCAGUCGAUUAAGGAAGAUUUAAUGAAAUAUUUAGAUCUUCCUAAUAAUACAAGUUUUAAGAGUGAAGAUAGUGAUGAAGAUUUCUAUGACGAAGAAGAAGAAGAAGACAAUAGAAAGUACAAUCCAGUUGAACUAAUGACCUCUCAAUAUGUUAACAGCUCAGUUAACACCUGUGUUCUCAAUUAUAUCAGAGAAAAGCUUGGAAUUUCUUCUCAAGUCACUAAUUUAGAGCUUGUUGCUGCUUUGGUUUAUAUCUUUCCCUAUGAUAUUUCUGUAAAAUCAUCAGAUAUUGUCUACGAAGAUGUUCAAUUUAACGACGAGGAAGUUGAGAUUGAUUUUACACUCAACCAUACUCCAAAGAAAAGUAAGGAAAGGACAUAUAAUGAAGAAACAGAUAAGGAUAUAUGUUGCAAACCUUGUGAAGGUCGUUCUAUUUUUGAUAUUGGAAAUGAUAUGUUGCUUCAAAUCCUUUCCUUUUUAAGAUUUAGAUAUGUUGCAACACUCUCAGAAACAAGCAAGACAUUUUACAGUGCUUAUUUAAGAAGUGGGUGGUCAUUCCCAAUUAGAAUGGGUAAGGUUAUCGAUUCACUCUCUCCAAUUCUAAACAAGCAAGGUAUUGAGAGAUCUCUUUCAGUUGUACGUGAUGCCAGAUACUAUGCAUUUAACACUCACCCUUAUUUUGUUCAAUAUUUGGAAGUAAGAUAUGAAAAUAUCGACUACCUAUCCUCUGUUAAAACAGUAAUGAAAGUUGGAAACCGUACUUAUAGCUUUGAAGGAUUUGAUGAUGAAGGAUCAAGUCCUUAUUUUACAAUGGAUGACAUUACAAAUGGGAAAGUUAAGAAAUAUUAUCCUAAGGACCAUGAUUUUUACUGUUCAAAUGGCGAUCUAGUUGUGAGAGUGGAAGCCAUUGCUACCCUAACCAACAUGUUUGGAUAUAUGGAUGGUAAGGAUUUAGUAGAGAAAUUCUUGGAACUUCUUCCUUUUGAAAAUUGGAGAUAUGUAAGUGAAAUUAGAAUUGGAGAUGAGAAAAAGAAACCAAAGCCAAAGAGAAAAUAA